GCAAUGUAUAGCUGCUGUUCACCGCUGCGAUUUUAUUAUUGUGAACCACAAUAGACUCGUUUCUUACGCGUGUCUUGAGCAGUAGCAACAGUCGGGCACGUCGUCCAGACCUCCUGAACGAACCCUUGCAGUUUAGCUUACCAUAAAAGAUUAUAACAGCAGUCUUGUCGCGUUACCGGCAGGCACGGAGGGAGUUCAGUCGCUUCGCGGUCGGUGCGGCUUCUGCUAGUCUCCACGUUGCGGAGCUCGAGGCCUCGCUGCGCCAUCAAGAUGCAUCAGCAGUCACUUUGCUGCAUCUGAAGCCGUGCCUCGUCAAGCUUCUGCGAACCUGGCAGCUGCGAGUUAAACCCUCGCGCGCCGCACGGUAGCCGCUCUGUGGCACAGAGGAUAACGUGAAAAACGAUUGAGAACGGGAAAUCACGCGCGAUGGCGCUGAUGGUCGCACAGUAUUAACGCCUGUGAACCCCAGCCGGCAGCGGCUGUGAACGCCACUCUGUCUGCCUUCGCCUUCCCCUUCGGGCGCCGUCGGCCCACUCGGCUUGCGCCCAAUUGCGCAUCACAUGCCCCUUGUGAGGAUACUCAGGAGGAUCUUGGACCAGAGGCAUUCAUAGAAGCUGAAGCCGCAGCAGAGGCGCCCUAUAUCGCGUCGACCUGCGCUGGCGCCAGCGCAAUGCGAGUGACGGGCUGGAAGCGCGGCGCGCGGGCAGGCAGUGUGCUGCCUGGACCCACAUCACCUGCCAGGUAUGGGCUGUACCUCAUCCUCAUCCUGGCGGGCUAUCUGGCGGGCAGCGCGCUGCGGGGCCCGUACGGUGAUGGCGGGCGCGGCACGCAGCGCUUCCUCAUCUCUGCGCAUGUGUCAACUACCACAGCGGCCGCGUCGGACGGCGACGCAGGGGCAACGUCAGUAGCAGACAAGCUCAGCACACUGCCGCACCUGAGCAUGGCAAGCCGCUUACUAGGCGGUGAGCUAAGUAGGGGCAGCAGCGGCAUUGCAGGGCAUCAUGGCGGCGGCAGUGCCGUGGCGCGGCGCUCCGCCCUCCGCACCGGCGACGGCUCAUCUGGGUCGGGCGCAGCCAAGGAGCUCUAUAGCGGCGGCGUGGACGGCGACACAGCCGCCAGCAUCAUCCCCGGCGACCGCGGGUCCGCCGCGGAGGAGGCCGCCGCUGCGGCGGGCGCACUGGGCGGUGCGCUGCUGCUGCCGCCCGCCAACCGCACGCUGCGCUUCGGCGUGUGCAACGGCUACGCCAACCAACGCCUUGCGGUUCUGUACGGCAUUAUGCUUGCGCGGCGGCUGGGCCGCAGCGCGGUGCUGCCGGUGCUUAUAGACAACGGGCUGCAGCGGAGCGACACCAACGUGCUGGCCAGCGGGGACAACCAGGUGGCGUUCUCGCAAAUGUACGACGAGCGGGCGUUCAUCAAGGCCAUGGAGGGCGUGGGCGUGCGGGUGCUGUCUCGCGAGGACACGCCGGAGGUUGGCGCUGGGAACGCGGCUGAGCACCGCCGUGUCGAGCUGGGGCCGCUGGGCUGGAGCGUGGCGGGUCCGCUGGGCUCGGGCGAGCUGGCGGCCGUACCGCACCUGGAGGUGGACUGCCCGCUUUUCAAGCUGCAGGCAGGCGACUUCACCCCCGCGGAUGAGCAGCUGGUGUGGGCGGGCCUGGCGGCGCUACGGCCCAGCAACGAGGCUGCCUCCCUUGUGGACAUGUUCAGCAAGGCCAUCCGGCAGCUGGCAGCAGCCAAGGCCAAGGCCGCGGGGAGGGUGUUGGACGCCGGCGGCGGCUCGGGGGCCCGCGUGUCUGCAUCGGGCGGGGGCGGCGGCUUCAACUACAUCCACCUGCGCCUGGAGAAUGACUGGGUGGAGCACUGCGCGCGCUGGGAGUCCAUCCACGACGGCAUCGUGCGCGACAAUUGCUACAACCACACCGAGGACGUUGCAAGUCGCCUGGCGCUGUUCGGCUUCAGUAACAGCACGCCGCUGUAUGUGGCAAGCUAUUGGAAGGAUGUGGAGCCGCAGCGCCGCGAGCGGGUGCUGGGUCAGCUGGAGGCAGCGGGCUACAUCCUGGUCACGAGUGAGGACGUGGCGGCCAGCCAACCCGGCAAGACGGCUGCUGCGGCGUUGGCGGAGCGCGGGCGCGAGUUCUCGGCCCUGGUGGAGUACUUCCUGGGCAUGCGGUCGGAGCGGUUCAUCGGCAACAGCGUGUCCACCUUUGCGGCGCUGGGCAUGUUGGAGCGGCGCCAUGCGGGGCUGUGGGGCGCCUACUACAACGGCGGCAACAUACCACUGGUUACGGUCAUGCCGUUCCUGCACAAACUGCCGUGGGUUUUCACAUACAACAGCUGGAGCAAGAACUACGAGUACAUGCUCAAAGCAGCUGUGCGCUCGGCGCGCUACCAGGGCAGUCUCAAGCCCUACUGCAUCUUCACCGGGGAUGAGCAGUCCGACAUCUACGCCUGGCUGGUCGUCCACGACGUGGAGCUCAUCAGCCACACCCCUGCCUGGACCGAGCAGCUGCUGGCGCUGGCCAAGGCCAAGGCCAAGGAUAACGUGCACCACAGCCACCUGUUCAAGACGCCGGACAUGCUGGUGGCUACCUUCCAGCGCGUGGACCUGCCGGUGGUGCCCAUCCUGGACCAGUACACCUACGUGCUGUACACGGACGCCGACGUGUACUUCAGGCGGCCGCUGCACCUGGACGACUUCGGCUUGCCGCUGCCGCACUCCGUGUCCAUGAGCUACGAGUUUGUCAACAUGUUCCCCUACAACGCCGGUAUCAUCCUGGCCAACCUGCCCACCAUGCGCGAGAACUACGAUGCUUUCCUGACCAUGAUGCUGGACAACAACGACGGCCUGUACUACAUCAACUACGGCCCGGCAGACCAGGGCAUCAUCAACAAGUUCUAUGAGAAGGACCUCAAGCAGCGCAUGCUUGACCCCGUGUUCAACACCAAGCCCUACAACCCGUUUGAGCAGCUCACCUUCAUCCUCCACUUCCACGGCCCCAAGCCGCUGGACCUGCUCAACUUCGUGACGACCGGCAAAUGCGACUUCUCCAAUGUCUGCGAAAACGCCUUCCUCAACUCGCUGUGUCCGUACAUCCGGGAGUGGGCCAAGUUUGUGCCAGACGAGGUGGUGGCAGUGCAGCUGGAGGAUGCAUGCGCUUGGCUGGAUGUGCCCAACGUGGCCGAGUUGUUUAAAAAGAAGUGGGGCCUCAGUGGCCGCCAGUUGGCCGCGACAAAGGAGGAGCAGUCUGGCCAGGUUAACGCGGCCGCCAUUCAGGCCGGUGUGAUGGCCCAGCAGAAGGCCCGGCUGGAGCAUGCGCUGGAGCUGCGGCGCAAGCUGCGCAAGCUUGUGGCAGGGGGCAAGCUGUCGCCUGAGGUCGUGGAGGCACUGGACAAGCCGGGGCCCGGCUCCAAAGCCGCAGCCAUGGCCAUUGUGAGGAAGCUGAGGGCCGGCAAGGGUAAGAGUCGAGGCGGUAGAGCGCAGAAGCGCACUGAGAAGAAACAGCAGAAGCAGCAGGAGCAGCAGAAGCACCUGGAGUCCUUCGACACAGCUAGCGUGGUUACUGUUAAUGAAAAGGAGAUGGCGGACGCGUGGGGUGCGAUAGACGAGGAUGGAGCUGCAUCUCAGCAGUAACUUCGAGGUGCGUAGAAGUGUCGUGAUUGCAGCAAUAAGAAUGAGUAACGGGUCAGGAAGGUGGUCAUAGUAGCGUACAGACGCAACGCCUUGCUGAGUAUUGUGACCGCACUUUGCAGGAUAGCUUAUGUGGCGUUGUGACUAUGUGCGUUCGUUUAGUCUUUUACAUGGAGAAGAAUUCCUCUUCCUAAAACUUGCCGCAUGUGGGAGGUGAUUGCCUGGUCAACGGGUAUUCUAAGACAGCUCCGCAGGAUGCCGUUUGCACUCAUUGCCAGCCCUUAGUGGGGCAACGUAGGCGCCUGGACGAGGGGCCGCUCUGUAUCCGCUGCUUGUCGGAUUUUGCCUGGUCGCUCUGGCUAGAUUGCAGCAUGAGAUCCAUUUAUUCGUUGGGCGGUGGUUUGCAACACGCAACCAAACCUGACCAAAUUGUGGGGAACCGUUUUGCUGGCAUUGAUUCUUACUAGGAGCAGAAUCACUGCUUACCAACUAGCGUGCUAGUGAUUGAGACCGCUGCAUUGGUCGCGGGAUCUAGCUAUUGGGGGCUUGAGCGUGCCCGUGCAUGAUGUAUGCUUGCAUCCGGGAUGAUCGUCAGUAUUAACUGUAGCGCGUGCAUGCGCUGGCGAAGGAGUCAGGAUGAAAGGCGAACGGUGUGGCGAUGUGGCCAACGGUUGGGCUUGAGUUUGCAAGUACGGCAUGACCGAACGCCCAUGCGGGGGCUGACAAAUUUUACAAAAUAUGUCACUUAUGGAUGCGGAUUACAAUGCCACACUUUGUUACAGCCC